AUGGUGGGAAACAAUCGGAUCAAACAGAUGUUGAAGAAAGUGAAUCCACGCAUUAUGGACCGGACCGAGUCUUCAGGCUUAUACAUCUGCUCCCUCAUCCCCAGUGACAGGACAUCGGUAGCCGACUGCCCGGCUUGCUAGCCCGCAGUCCUGAGCAAAAUCUCCGCUCCAGAAUCACACAUCUCAUCUGGGUUUUUUUUAAUCAGCCUUACGAAAGCUAGCCAGCAUCAAACGGAACUGACCCCAGUAUUUGACGCCUUUCAUUCAAGAAACGGUGUGACCUGCUAGUCCUCUAGUGUAAAUGUGACCGCUAGGAUCAAGCUAGCAUCAUCUGGAGGUGGAUGGACAGCAUCCCUGCCGCCCGGGACGAGCCGCGCUGCACCGGAAUGAUAACUAACGAGGAAGUGGCUUUAACAUGACGAGCAACAUUUCGCCUCUCAACCACUCAAGGCUGUUUGGUGCUACACAGACAUUUCUUAUAUGCCAAAUGUAAUGACCGUCCCGAGCUCGCACCAUGUAUGUGGCUGGCCGUGUCUGUCUCCAGCCUUGCGGAUGACACUCACACAGGUACCGGCGGUUCAAAGCCAACAGCGGCGGCGCUGAUAACACCGUCGCCGGGUCGUGCUGACAGACUUGACGUGAGCUUACUAGCGCCAAGCUAGGAAGCUAACAGCACAAUAUAGAACCCAAUGGUAUCCCAUAAGGUUUUAGUCGCAAUAAUCUUACUAAAUGUGUAUAUAGGUGUACAGUCUGUUUUUUACUUAUUCGGCGGCGUCCUUUUAACGGUCUUGUUUGCUAUGGCAUUUUUAAAUGGACCCAGGCUGCUGGACUGGGCGAGUUCACCUCCACAUCUUCAGUUUAACAAAUACGUCCUAACGGGAUACCGGCCAAUCUCCUCUGUGCAAGACUGCAUCAGGAGCCUGUUCUACCUGCACAAUGAACUUGGAAACAUAUACACUCAUGGCAUCCCUUUGGUUUGCUUCCUGGUGCUGCUGCCUCUCAACAUCCCCUGGUCUCAGAUCAGCGUAACAUGGUUGGGCGUGGUGCACUUCCUGGCUUGCCUCUCGCCCCAGCUGGGCUCUGUGCUUUACCACCUCUUCAUGAACCACGAGGGAGGCGAGCCCGUCUACCACACCCUCCUCAAACUCGACGUGUGUGGAAUCUGCAUGAUCAACACACUGGGGGCGCUACCCAUUGUCUACAGCACGCUGCUGUGCUACCCGUUCAUCCGCACUGUGGCCCUGUUAGUCUACAUCCUGCUGUCCAGCCACGCCAUCUACUGCGCCGUCACGGCUCGGAGCAGCGUUCGCCGGCUGCGCUCCUUCGCCUGGCAGGCGCUGUUCCGCUUCUCCUUCUUCCUGUUGCGCUGGGUGGGUGUGGGCGGCGGCAGCCCCACCUCGCUACGCCACUUCCUCAUGAUGGAUGCACUGGCCGUGCUGGGCGGGGUCAUCAACAUCACACGUAUCCCGGAGCGCUUCCGCCCGGGCCUUUUUGACUACUGGUGCAACAGCCACCAGAUCAUGCAUGUACUGGUGGUUAUCUCCAUCCUCUACCUGCACUGGGGUGUGCUGGAUGACCUGCUGUGGAUCAACAGCUACAACUGUCCCUCAGACUGA